GCACCUCCCGCCGGCACGGGCCGGGAGGGGGGCGGGAAGGGGCGGCCCGGAGCCGCCGAGCGCGGCAAGGUGUGUCCCAGGUGCCAGCGCUAUAUCAGGCGACGCGGUGGGGCAGACCCCCGAUGGCGGCGUCCGCCAUGGCUGAGCCGCGCUCUAAGCGGCCCCGCGUGACGCUGCCCGCCUGCCAGGCGCACCGCGCGCUGCCCGGCAGCCGCGUGAGGCAGAGCUUCCCGCCCGCCGUGGAGGAAGGCCUCUGCGGCGUCACCGGCGCCCUGCUGGAGCUCGCUUACUGCCUACAGGCGCUGAGUGAAUAUUUUGAUCAGUCACAUGUGGCUCUACCAAAUGUUUCAAAGUUCUUCUUGCAUCAAGCUCUGGAAGAAAGAAAAGCUGCAGAGGCUCUGAUGAAGUAUCAACAAGAAAGAGGUGGCCAUUACUGUUCUAAAACCAUUCAGAAACCAAACUGUGAGUAUGCAGUUGGUCUGAUGAAGGCCCUGGAACUAGCAAUGGUACAGUGGAAAACUAUGGUACGGUAUUUUGAAGAGCUUUAUGCCCUGAGUAUUGAAAAUGCUGACCCUCAUAGCGCAAGCACUAUCAAGAAACAAUUUAUUGGGCCCAAAAUCCGGAAGAUCAAGCUGAUGGGAGAUCUGCUGACCAACGCUCGCAGGCUUGACUGUUCCCAGGAUGGCAGGAAUAGUCUUGGCGAUUACUUUAUGGACCGGUUGCAGGAAGAGUUCAGAACAGGCAUAGAGCCCUCCCUGUCUCUGCAGCAUUGUACAGGAGCUGCAGAGGGUCUGAAGCAACCCCCGAGAGAAUCUUCCCAGCACAGAAAUGGCACAGGGCCAAUCUGUGCAACCAUACACUGUGCUACCAUGCUGCCACAGCGUAAUGAUGGGACAGGAGCAAAAGUGAAGCAGGGCAAGGAGGGCCUUUAAUGCUGUGGCUGUUGCAGCUACAAGGCAGCUCCUAAGGCAGACCUGUAUAGAGGGUGGACUUGAGACCAGGACUCAGGAGACAUGAUGCUGUAUUGCCCCUCCUGCCUUACACUCUGUCCUCUGUCGAGUGACAGCUCAAAAUCUAUCCCAUAUCAUUAUUGUGUUUAAAUGACAGCAAGGUUGCUAGUUACCUAGAUUGUUUGCAUUAAUCACAUUUUUAUAUAUGUAAUUCUUCCUAGAAGCUUUUAAACCUCUUUUCUAUCUUAAAUGAUUAGUUAGUGAAAAUUAUUUCUAACAGUAUAUAUAACUUUUAUUAAAAAUAAAAAAGCAACUUUAGUAUAUGGAAACUUCUAUGUGGCAUAAAAUACAAAGAUUUAAAUUUAUAAUAUUAAGUAUUUUAUAUUACUGACAUAUUUUACAUUACUAACAAGUAUACUAACAAAAUUAACUCUUUUGAAAAAGGCUGUUUUAAAACAAGGUUUUCUUAUCUUAGUUCUAUAAUUGUAGCUAUUUAAAUGAGUAGUCUUAAUUCAUUUACUUAUCACCCAGCUAUUUCUAGUGGUGUACUUCUCCAGGAUGAAGGAUGCAAACAUUUUCUUAACAGUGGGAGUAAGAUAAUGUGCUGGUAUUCUCUACAGUUAUUUGCCUGGUUGGCUUCUCUCAUCCUCAUAAAGCAGAGGAGAGACAUUAUGGGUUCUCAUUAGAUGUGAUCUUUACACGUUCUCG